CGUUAAUUCCCCUGCUUGAAGGGUGUGGCCUGCUUCACAUCUCAGGUCGCAUUCAUUCCGGCGCUCUUCACUUUAGCAGCUACGCGACUGAGUCGUGAAGACGCACCUUCACCACAUUUCGCUCCUUAAGAAAUCCACCCUUGGUCACUCCUUUGCCUUAUCGACACGAUCAUGCCUUCGAAGAUGCGCCUGGACACCAGCCUGGUAGCUUGUCUGGCCGCCUUCUCCGGCGUCGCUGACGCCUUCUGGCGUCUGCCCUGCCGUGGCCGAAGCGCUCUCGCUCGCAUGGAUCCUUUGAUCUCACCCGGCGAGCCGUCCUACCACGUCCACGCCGUUCACGGAUCUAAAGGAUUCGGUCUCACCGCGGAUAUGGCUACUCUGCUUGAUGGAGACUGCACUUCGUGCGGUGUCAAGCAGGACAAAUCGGCCUACUGGGCCCCUGCCCUGUACUUCGUCGACAACGCCACGGGCGACUCCGAGCUUGUGGACGAAGUCGGAGGAAUGCUUGUGUACUACCUUCUCUACGGAGACAAUGUGGAGGCGUUCCCCGAGGACUUCCGCAUGGUUGCUGGUGACCCGUUCCAGCGCAACUUCACCUGGCCGAUCCCCGACCCUCCCAAGUCGGAAUGGACAGGCGACCAGGCUAGCCAGGCGGCCCUGCGACAGAAGGCUAUCGGCUUCAACUGCCUGAAUUACGCCAAAGCCGCCGAGCCGUCCCUCGGUCGUCACUUCUUGCCGGAGAAGGCUUAUCUUGACGAGCACUGCACUGACGGUGUCCGUUUCGAAAUCAUGUUCCCCUCAUGCUGGAAUGGCAAGGAUACCGACUCUGACGACCAUGCCUCCCACGUUGCCUACCCCUCGCUGGUCAUGGACGGCACUUGCCCCGAGGGCUUUGAGACCCGCAUCGUUUCGCUCUUCUUCGAGACCAUCUGGAACACCUACGCCUUCAAGGACCGCGACGGAUACUUUGCCCUUUCCACCGGCGACCCUACUGGAUUCGGUUACCACGCCGAUUUCAUGCACGGCUGGGAGUCUGGUGUUCUCGAGGAAGCUGUCAAGACCUGCACCAACCCCUCCGGCGAGGUCGAGGACUGCCCCGUGUUCGAACUCCAGUCCGAGCUCGCGCAAAAGCUGUGCAGCGUUGACAUUCCCGACAUCCUGUCCAGCGAAGACGUUAAAAAGGUCAAGGGCGGUCUUCCCAACAAGAUUGCCGUCGAAUGGGGCCCUGAGUACGCCUUCCCUAUCAAGUACGUCGGCGAAGAGUCCUCGACUGCCGUCCCAACCUCCACCGCUCCCCAAAGCACCUCUGACGCGGGUCUGGGCGUCAGCCUCUCUUCCGCUCUCAGCGAUCUUGCCGGCAACAUCUUCGCCGCUGAUGCUAAAACUACCGAGGCUCCCACUACCACCUCGACCUCGACCUCGACAUGGACUCCGACGCCCACCACUUCUUAUAUCGAGAGCACCGUCACGCAAGAGACUGUCUGGGUGGAGCAGGAGAUUGUCGUCAUGGUCGAUGAAAACAACGUUCCCCUGAAGACCGAGGUCGGCGGCGUGGACGUUGUCUCGACAGACUAUAACACCGUCACCCGCACCGUUUCAUCUGUUGUCCAGGUCCCUACCGCACCGGCUGCUGAGAAGCGUCACCACGACCACCUGGCCGCUCACAAGCGUCACCAGCACGGCCACGCGCACUAA